AUGGAGCGUCUCGACCAGGCCGUCCUCGGCCGACUAGUUUCGUUUCUGUUUGUAAACGAAGUAGCCAACUUGCGGCUUUUAUCGAAGCGCCUCAAUGAAAGCCUUUUCACAGUCGGCGCCUUCCGCGUGUUGAUGCGUCUGCCUCCGGCUAUGAUUUUCCCAGCCGGUUGGGGUCAAGAGAUCUUAGACGACCUGCAUCGUCGCAAUGAUCGCAACCAGGAGUAUGAAAAAGAAGCCGACUCCUCGGCGCCGCACGCGUACGGGUUGACACGGCGCUCCGAGUGUCUGUCUUCCGUGAAUUCGUCCGAACAUCCUCUUUCGUUCAACUUCCUUGAGACGUUUGUUUCUCUAGCUCCGCCUCUUCCGCAGCUUCAUCACCUGACGCUGCACAUUCCAGAGAGUGUGCGGACCGUGCCGCGCUCCUGGCUGCGGACUUACCACAAGCUGCUGUGCGUGGCUGCCCCCAGUCUCGAAAGUCUGGUUCUAGUCGAAUUAUUUUCUGCCCGCUUAGGUGACAAGCUCACUGAAGGCGAGUGGCCGCCUUUUGGCAGAUUAAACAGCGUGGAAGACGCCGGUUCGGGGAGCGAAGCUGCCGGCGAAGAACCAGAGAGCCCUGGACAUCCACAUGAAACCGAUGCCUCAUCGCUCCGCAGCGAGGUAAGCUCUUCUUCCUCCUCUCCUGGCUUGGACCCGGCCUCCUCCAGUUCUGGAGCUGCCGCGUGUCCUGCGAAAUACACACUUCGGUCAUUUUCUGAGUCGGAGACUGGUGCCGCAGAUGCCCAGGAGCGCCCUGACGAGCCACGCCCGGAGGAGUCGCUGCCGCAGCCGCCGCCCGCGCCAGAAGACGAAGUGCUUCCCUUGUGUGUGUUUCCGCGUCUACGUUCACUGACAGUGCGCAACCGGGGCGAGUGGUCGGGCGACCCUCCGCAGCCGUGUCCUUUCACUUAUCUUUUUCUUGGAGGUCUUCCGCCUUCCUCUUCUGAAUCGUCUGCCUCCCCGUCGAGCGCGGUGGUGAGCGCGCACGCGCAGGUGCAGCCGUUUCCGGUUCUAAAGGAGGUCCAUUUUUUCGAGAUGACCUCUCGAGGUCUGGAAAUUCUGGAGCAGUUCCUUGUCAAGCACAACGUGACAUCCGUGCAACACCUCGGGUUCGGCGCUUGGCACACGUGCACAGUCGCGAAUUUUCUGCUUUUCUUGGCCUCGCAGAACUCUGGAGGGCGGCGGUUGUUCUGCAAUUUGAUGAGUCUUGAAGUCAACGGCGCUGGGUUCAUCUGGACGCCCGACGAGUUUUGGUACUUCUAUGCUGGCCCCAGACACAGUUUUACGCAGAUCUGGCGGGACUACUGCGUGCAGCAUAGAGCAGAAUUCCAAAACAGGGACGAGGGGCAGAGGCGUGCUGUAGAUUUCCGUGGCUACAGUUGGAUAGAAUGCGCAGAUAGUUGGCUAACAGACCUUGAUAACGGGCAAGCCCAAGGCGACAAUGGGGGGGUACGCCACGGUGGCGGACCGGCUACGUCGCAGCUGGAGCUCGUCGACUCGCAAGUUGACCGCGAAUGGGAGAGCGACAUGGAUGAAGUGGAUGAUGGCCUGCUCACUGACGACUUUGACGAUGAUCCAGACGCAGCAAACUAUAUCCGCUUGAUGAAGAGACUGCCGCGGAUUCGGCGAGUUCUCCUGUCUGGGUUUGUCGGCAUCUUUGUGAGCGAAGCAGCAGACGAUCCAGUUCGAUUUUUCGAUGGCAUUUUCCCCCAAGCCGUCGUGGAUGUCCAGGGAGCACUUGUGAUCAGCACGAGCCUCCUGGUAGAAAUCGCUGCGGAGGCCGCGCCACAUACAGACUGGCCCUCGCGGUUGUCCAGCUUCUUGAGUCGAAAGCAGGCAAGACGGGCUCGACCGAGAGGACAGCCAGCGGAGGCCACUGUAAGCAUUGAGACUCCAUCUUCUCAAGAUGACGGCGGUUUCGUCGCAGCUGACGAGGACCAUGCAGGCGACGCCGAGCCCCGCGAUGCCUCCGCGGAGGCACCCCCGAGCAUCGAAGACGCUGCGCGCGGCGGAGACGCAGCUGAUCAGGAUAGUGACAGCGACGGGGGGAGUGAAGGCGAGCCGAUGGGUCGGCUCGCGUGGGCCGCCAAUGAUGGGGCGGGUUUGUCUGAAAGAGGAAGAGCGGAUGUACGGCGGUGGCUGGCCUCGGGUUUAGUGGAAGAUUUAUACAUCUAUUUUGACCCGACUGAGUCUGAGUCCGUGCACCUGGACAUCAGUGCGUUUCAUCGGAUGUGUGUGGCGGCGUACUUCCCAUAUCUGGGGCUAGAGCAUCCCGUGGGGGGUCGUGAAGCGGGCCAGGACUGGGGUCUGCCCUUUUUAACCGUGCGUCAUCAGGUUGAGUGGGGAUCUCAGUACGUUCAGGAUUUCCUAGACAUUGCUACCACGUUCCGUCAUGCAAUCCUUAGCCUGGAUCACCUAUUUUGGAUAGAUCGGGACGACGGGGACGAGAGUGAGUCUCCGCGGGAGAGCUCCCAGCAGUCAGAUAAGAAUCAUGUCGCGGAGGCGGCCAGCAUUGUGGGCCAUCCACGAGAAUCUGCUUCACUCCAGGAGGCCAGCGACGCGGGUGUUGCAGAUGCGGUGUAUGGCGAGAGUGGAAACACUCGGGACUCGGGCGACCCGGUAGAGAUACCUGGAUCAAGCGCGCGAAGCCGGAGUUCGGUUACAGUCGCUGGCACCCGUGAAAACGCCACUUUCCCUUCGUUGCCAUCUGGGGGCUCGCCUAAUGCUCUCUCUGCGGUAGUAGGCACGCGCCAAUUGGAGCAGGAGUGUGCCUCCGCGGCUCCCCAGGAUCAAGCGGGCGAGCCUGUAGUGGCCGCGGACUCCCGUCACGGCGCAGUAGAAGCCUUAGAGCGGGAAGCCAAGAAGGAAGAUGGGAAUGAGGCAGACGAACCUGCCGUCCGCCUGGCCUCGUUUGAAGCGCUUAUUCCGAACGUUGUGGGGCUCCUUUUGCCAUUGUACUGGACGCAUGGGGGCCAAUGGCCAGCAGGCGAUGUGACGCAGAUUGCAGAAGCAUACAAGGAUCAAGCGCGUGUCCUAUGCAUCAAGAACGCUGUUCCAAGUAUGGGUGGUGACGCGACGGAAGCGGAUCCACUUUCCCUGAUGGCUCGUGACUUUGAAAUUGUCGCACGCAUCUGCAGGGACAUGCUUCGCGUUAUUGAUUAUCGAGUGUAUACUCCUUACUCCUGGAGGGAGGAGCUCGGACUCUAUGACGAGUCGCUGGUUCCAUCGUUUCUCAGGGAAUUUCUGGACCAACACCAGGAAUUCUAUCUGGCAAAGCAACUGGAUGCUCCACCUAUGGCCCACAAGUGUAUUGCUGCCGUCGGAAGAGAAGCGCUCUGCCAACUGCGGGUGUUCAUAUGGAUUAGGAGAGAAGUGUCGUGA